AUGCUGAUAGUGGGGGCUUGCUAUAAAGGAUGUGACUGUCUCUCCGAUAUCAAAUACAUCAACUGCUCUUCUGGGAAUUUCACCACUCUGGUCAGCAUCGCCCGCAACACAGAGUACCUGGACCUGUCCAGAAACCUGCUGACAGUGCUGCCGCCAGACUCCCUGGGACGACUGUGGAGGCUGCGGGUGCUGCUACUGAGAGACAACAACAUCAGCCUGGUUUCAGAUGGGGCUUUCUCUCACCUGCUGGGCCUCCGCAGGCUGGACCUGAGCCACAACCGGCUCUCUGCCCUGGGCGAGGGCUUCUCCACAGGGUUGGGCACCCUCAUGGAACUCCUCCUUAGCCACAACUCUCUCACCGUCCUGGAGAGCGGCAGCUUCCAGAACCUGGACAACCUUCAGAAGCUGGACCUCAGCGCCAACCUCAUCCAUCUGGUGUAUCCCAGGGCUCUGGGCAGCAUGACUGCUCUGCGGCGCCUCCAUCUGGAAGGGAACCGCCUGGCCAGCCUGGGUCCCGACCUGUUCUCCACCCUGCGCUCCCUGGAGGUACUGGGCCUGCGGGGGAACCAGGUGAGCUCCACCGAGGCGGGGGUCUUCACCCCUCUGUCCCGCCUGGCUCUGUUGGAUCUGGGGCACAACCGCCUCAGCACGCUGGGAUUCCGGACCCUGCUGAGCAUCCGCACUGCCAGCCUCCAUGUCCUGCUAGAGGGGAACCCCUGGCACUGCGACUGUGACCUCCAGCGGGUCUUCAGUAAGCUGAACGCAGUCCAACGCCUCUUCCUGGACGACCUCGGGGCUCUGCGGUGCAGCGACCCGGCAGAGCUGAGGGGCAGGUCCAUGGGCGACGUGCAGGCGGAGCUCUGCGUGGGUGAGACGGUGACCGUGCUCAUCCUGACUAUUACUGUGGUGAUCACCGUGGUGGCGGCCAUUAUCAUGGCAGAGAAGAACAAGAAGAACAGUAAGGAGUGGACGGAGGAGAGCGUGGGACUGGAGGCCUACUGCGACAACUAG